GACUGCCGAUAGCUUACGCAAAACCAUGGCUAAGCAGAAGAGCGGGGACGUUUUGCGGAUCACGCACACAAACUACGAAUCAAUCAUGAACGGGCCAAGAGACUACGAUUUGGUCUUGUUGAUCACCGCAACUGAUCCUCGUGUUGGCUGCCACCUUUGCACGGAGUACAACCCCUCCUUCAUUGCGAUUGCGGGCGAGCAUGCGAAGGCAUCCCAGGGCAAGAGCAACGUGUUCUUUGCUCUCCUUGACUUUAACGAGAAGUCCAGACCAAUCUUCCAGCAGAUGCAGUUGCAGAAUGUGCCAAAGUUGUACUACUAUCCGAAGACCGCCAAGCCAACGCCGCUCACCGCGGGGUUCGAGCAAAUGCCGUUCAUGGAAGGCAGCCAUGCCGAGAAUACCGUCAACUGGUUGCUGAGCAAGUUCCCAGACCACAAGUUUAGCGUCCCACUGCCACCCACCGACUACGCUAGUGCGGCAUUGACCGUGACUUUCGGAGCCGUGUGUGCGUACGUAGUUUAUCUCAACCUGGCAAAGGUGGUGCGCAACUUCCUGGGAAAGAAUGUGUGGGCUCUCGCAUCUACUUUGACCGUGCUCAUGUUUGUGUCUGGUUACAUGUUCAACUCGAUCCGCGAUACUCAGUAUAUGCGGUAUGACGCCGAUAAGAACCCGAUCUAUUUUGUUUCCGGUCAUCAGAUGCAGUUGGGGGUCGAGACUCAGAUUGUUUCCUUCAUCUAUGGAAUUUUGAGCAUAUUCUUUGUGGGGUUGGUACAGAAGCUUCCAAGAAGCGAGAAGUUGCUGAAGAACCGUAAGGCGGAGUUUGCCGCGACGGCGGCCGUGUGUGUGGCUAUAUUCUUUGCUUAUAGCUUGUUGAUUUCUGUGUUUCACAAGAAGAAUUUGGGGUACCCAUAUUCUUUGGCGAAUCUUGGUGUGUUCUUCUAACGAACACGAGCUCGGCCUAAGUUAUUAGGCCAUAGACCUUCAACUUUGAAACGGUGACUGAUUGACCUGUAUUUUUCAACAAAAUAUGGAUAAAAAUACAAGAAUAUAAAAGAACAACAUUAUAUAGAGAGAGAGUAAUUGUUGGGC